CUCGGACCCGGGGGCAUUGGCAAUUGCCCAAACGUACGUGCGCGCGGGCGGUCGUCGGUUAUGCCAAGGGGGGGGGGGUGUUUGGUUGGUGGGUGACUCGUGCAGUGCACGCUCGCGCGCGGGUCGCGGCUCGAUAGGUAGGUAGCGGAUGGCAUGGGGAGGAGCAAGGAUGGGGAACAGGUAAGCUGGUCGUGUCUCGCUCGAAGGAAGGCUCGUUCGUUGCACGCCUCUUUUUUUUCCUUCUCGGAGCUUCCACCCGCCCUUUCCCCUUGAACUCUGCAUCCGAACCCACCCCCCCGGGUCCUUCCUUGCGCAACUUGCCUCCUUCAUCUCACCAUCACACUGCCCAUCAUCGGCUUCCUCUCUCUCCUCUCCUUUCGCCGGCUUGUCUCUCUGCGCCCACGACACGGACAGCUCCCCGUCCAAAGCUCUCUCACACAAUGGCUUCGGCUACCCGCCACUUCGCCCGCGUGGCCACGCGCACCACGGCCCGCAACGCCUUCGCCGUCGCCCCCCGCCAGGCCUUCCGCCAGCAGGGCCGCCGCUGGUACUCUUCUGAGCCCGCCCAGAAGUCGUCGUCGACGUGGCUGUACCUGACGGGUGCCGCCGCCCUCGGUGGCCUCGGCUACUGGUACACCACGGCCAGCGGCGCGCCGUCGGCCGCCUCGACCAAGGUCUUCACCCCCACCAAGGACGACUACCAGAAGGUGUACAACGAGAUCGCCAACCGCCUCGAGGAGAAGGACGACUAUGACGAUGGCAGCUUCGGCCCCGUGCUGCUGCGUCUGGCCUGGCACGCCUCGGGCACGUUCGACAAGGAGACGGGCACUGGCGGCAGCAACGGCGCCACCAUGCGCUUCGCCCCCGAAUCUGACCACGGCGCCAACGCUGGUCUCAUCGCUGCUCGUGACUUCCUCGAGCCCGUCAAGGCCAAGUACCCUUGGAUCACGUACUCGGACCUCUGGAUCCUUGGCGGCGUCUGUGCCGUCCAGGAGAUGCAGGGACCCAUUAUCCCGUACCGCCCCGGCCGCUCCGACCGUGAUGUGACGGCCUGCACCCCCGAUGGCCGCCUGCCCGACGCCACGCAGGGCAGCGACCACCUCCGCAACAUCUUUUACCGCAUGGGUUUCAACGACCAGGAGAUCGUGGCUCUGUCCGGCGCUCACGCCCUGGGCCGCUGCCACACGGACCGCUCCGGCUUCGAGGGCCCGUGGACCUUCUCCCCGACCGUCCUGACCAACGACUACUACCGCCUACUCGUUGAGGAGAAGUGGCAGUGGAAGAAGUGGAACGGCCCCAAGCAGUACGAGGACAAGACCACCAAGACGCUGAUGAUGCUGCCCACCGACAUGGUCCUGGUCCAGGACAAGAAGUUCAAGCCCAUCACUGAAAAGUACGCCAAGGACAACGAGGCCUUCUUCAAGGACUUUUCGGCCGUCGUCACCAAGCUGUUCGAGCUGGGUGUUCCGUUCGCCCAGGGCUCCGAGAACCAGCGCUGGACCAUGAAGCCCACUUGGGACGAGUCCAACUAAGGUGGACCUGAGGGCGCGAGUCGUGGCUGGAUCGAGAAGCGGUGGCGGGCGGGGACGACGAGGCGCGAUAGACACCACACCCGGAGAUGGAGGCGACAUGUAGACUAGACGGAUGGGAUUCCCCAAAAAUUUCCCCCGGCACGCUCUCGUCAGCGGAGCCUUGCUUAUCGAGCCUGAUUUUGUAGCACAGGGAGACGAAUGGCCGCCGAGACUGGCGCGUCGUCGCACAGAUAGACGUCGGAUCUCUGCAGGAGAUGGCAGUUAGACGUGUAUGUACUUGAUACAAGAAGACUGAAUAUGUUUCUUGUCCCGCUCGGAGCCUGCUCAUGCCUUGGAAAACGCAGUUCCGGAAGAAAUCCUGUGGGCCACGUUCUGUGCUUUGGGCGCGGCCAGUUGUAAGAAGACC